AUGGCAACCUCUUCAUUUGAACCAGGCACGGUUGAAGCCUCACAGAUCCAUGCACUGAAGCAGCGCGUUCGUCAUCGUACCACAAGCGAUGGAAAGUCUACGUAUUUUGGCAAAUAUGUCUCUCAGGAGGGUUCCGAAAAGUUGCGAACAUACGAGUACCACGGAGCUGAUCAUUCCCUCGUGUACAAGUAUGUGCUGACACCUAUGAACAAUUUCCUGGUCGAGCUAUUGCCACUCUGGUUGGCCCCUAAUCUCAUCACACUUAUCGGGCUCAUUCUUGUCGGUGGAUCGCACACACUGUUUAUAUUUUUAUGUCCGCUCUUAGAAGGCGAAGUCCCGUGGUGGGCCAUGGUGAUCGCUGCUGUCACGCUCUUUGGAUAUCAGACAUUGGACAACUUGGAUGGCAAGCAAGCGCGACGCACUAACUCAUCGUCACCGUUAGGUUUGCUCUUUGACCAUGGAUGCGACGCUUUGAACAUAUCAGUUGGAACUAUGACCAUGGUCAGUAUCAUGCAGAUGGGAGCCACGUGGAAGACAGUGGGAUUUGUACUCAGUGGCCAUUUUGUCUUUAUCUUUGCGACGUGGGAAGAGUACUACUCUGGAUCGCUGGAGCUUCCAAUAUUUAAUGGUCCGACUGAAGGCAUUUUGAUUGGGAUCGCGUUAAAGUUGUUCACUGCAAUUGUUGGUGUCGACUUUUGGAAAGAGGAGAGUAUUGAAGGUGUGCAAAACAACUCGUUGUUUGUCAUCGUCACAAUGAUAGGCUCGUGCUUUACACUUAUGAUCAAUGUUAGGAACACAAUGCAUGCUGUGCGCCUGAACCAGGAUUCAGUUCUUGUAGCUUUCACACGACUUCUGCCAUUCGUCAUUUUAAACGCACUUGCUGGCUUUUGGGCUCUGUUCUCGCCUUCUGACAUUUUUUCACAACACCCUCGCAUGUUUUUGUGGAUGCUUGGACUGCUUAACAGCAAAUUGGUGCUACACUUGAUGCUAGCACACUUAUGUGGCGAGGAAUAUCACCCGUUUCGUAAAACCCUUGUGCCAAUUUUUUAUGUGGCUGGGCAUUGUGCUUUUUGCAUGUUGGAAGGUGUUUAUGACGCCGUGAACGAAGAACUGAUUGUGCGUGAGUUUUUUUUUCUCUCCCUUGCCGCGUACGUGCACAUUGUUUUCACCGUCGUUUGGGAGGUUAAGAACGUGCUGGGUGUCUCUGUGUUUUUAAUUCCGCAUUACUCGAGAUUGAGAGCCCAAGAGAGCAGUAAGCCAGCAGCGAAAUCAUCGUAG